CCAAGUGCGCAUGCGCUUCGUGCUCAGUUUCUUUAUUUUGGUGUCUUUUUCUAAAAUACAGUAAUAUUAUUCAUAAACACGCAAUCAUCCAAUUAUAUUUUGUUGCCUGUUCGUAUUUAGAUCAAAGAUUUGUUGUUUAAUGUUGUGACUUCGAAAUCAAUAAACAAAUUCAUUACUUCCGCAUCUAUUUCCGGUCACAGAGGCGUUUUAUUUACUAAGAUGGCCGACAUGAGAGUUUGCAGUCUGGACUUUUUCCCUGAAAAUAUCCUUAUCGAGAUUUUAUCCUAUUUAAAUGUUAAGGAACUUAUUCGCAAUGGAAGAGUGUGUAAGCGAUGGAGAGCUUUAAUCAAAGACCAGACACUCUGGAGAACUGUGGACCUUUCCACAUGGAAACAGGUGAGCUCGCGGGUGCUCUGGACCUUACUGCGGCAGUAUCUGGGACGCGGCGCAAGGACUCUACACCUGCGUGGGUUGCUGCAGAGUGCACGUGGAGGAUCGUUCCUCUCAGAGCCGUGGCUACAAACUCUGAGCUCGAAAUGCCCUCGACUCCGCAGACUCAUUCUUACUCGUACGGACCUCCGCGGCCUGCACAACUGCUCCUUAUUACCUCCCAGCCUACAGGUACUCGAACUGCACAGCUGCGAGGUCCCUCCUGGCUUUUUUAUCCAUAAUUCCGCAAAGCCAGCGCAAACUGAGCAGACCGAGCCCGUAGAAGAAUCUCCGAGCUGCGGUAGCGUUCUCGAAACCCUAAUUCUCGACAACGUGCCCUCGUUCACGGACCAUCAUUUAAAGAGCCUGAGCUCGUGGGAGCGCCUGCGGCAUCUGGAGCUGCGCGACAUGUUGCGCGUGACUGUGGCAGGACUGAAGGGCUGCACUGCGCCCAGCCCACAUGCGCUAACGCACCUCACGCACCUGGAGCUGGAGGGGUUCAGCCGGCAGCAGAUGACCGCUCUGGCCCUGGCUGAUGGAUGGCCAGGGCUUGAACGGCUAACGCUUGGUGGCCGUGAGGUCAAUCCCGGUCUGAUCUGCCUCAACCGACUGGUCGGACUGCGUUGCCUGCGACUGCGGGGUUGCAGACUCACGGAGAAGGUGGUGCUGCGCAGUUGCCGUGCGCUGAAGGAGCUGCGUACGCUCGAGUUUCUGCAGGUGGAGUUCGCAAUCGAGGCAGAGAGAGAAGAUGGCAAGAGCGAAAAUGACAUGAUGCCUGGGCUCAGACAAGCACUGUCCAGUCUUCUUCCCAAGUGCAGUGUCCUGUUCACACAGUGUACCGUUCUAGUUCUAGCAGAUUAACUCUUAUUGGUAGUUAUUAACAGCUUAAUGGCUGUUAUUGGAACCAUUUUCAAUUUGUUUUUGAACUCAUUAGCACUAUUUGUUCAGGGCUUUCUGUGAUGGGUCUAAAUACAUGUAAAAAUCCGAUUGGGUACUUGUUGCUAGGCAGAUUUGCAUAUAUUAAGGUGUAUUUUAUAAACAUAUAAUUUUUGGACAAUAAACACUUCACUUAGUGGAUGCAGUUUGACCAGAGCUUAUUAAAAUAUACCUUAAUGCAUGCGAAUCUGCCUAGCAACAAGUACGCAAUCGGCUUUCACUUGUAUUUAGACCUAUCACAGAAAGCCCGGAAGAAAUCUGCCUAGCAACAAGCAGCCAAUAAGAUUCUAGGUCUAUUUGGACCAAUCACAGAACGCUGACUAACACCCAGUAUCCUCUCAAAUCUGCCUAGCAACAAAUUGAAUCCUAGCAAUUUAUAUCAUUUAUUUAAUAUAUAUUUAAGCAAUUUAUAAGCAGAAAAGUGUAUUUUUGCUGCCUCUUGAAUAAAUUCAUGGGUUUGUACUGCUCC